AUGAGAAAACACUUGGGGGUGUGAGACUCGCAUCCUGGGGCCAAUGAGUUGGGAGUCUGGGAGAGGUAAUUUGAGCUGGCAUGUGGGUGUGCGGUGCGAAACCUUCCUACUUGCAGCCCCCAAACCUUCUCGGCCGACUGAGCAUGCCCUGACUCUAGGUGCGGGAGCCGUGUGCCUUCCGCGAGGCUAGAUCCGCUAGCCGUGUUUUGGCUUCAGCCAAAGGGGAGGUUGCAUGACCCCUCGAAUCCUGCCCCGAAGGCUGCGGUGCCCCCAUUAAUUCCCACCCUUCGCUCCAAGUCCGGACAGGGACUCGGGACGAGUUCUUCGCAAGGAAAGCGAACACUAGGUCAAGUGGGGGCACGAUCUCUGUUGCCUUCCUUGGCCUGCAAAUGUCAUGCAAGUGUGUGACCCGGAGAAGCGUGCACCGAUUGGGGUUCGGCGACUGGUGUCUAUCCGCCUUUGACAGCGCAAGGCGGCGAAAAGGUCACAGCCAGCAACUGCCCGAUGCGCCCACGAGAGGCUCGCAGCGCCCCGAAAGGAGGUAGCUUUGGUCCGGAGCUUUCUACCUACAUGCACAGACUGGAUAGCCCCGUUCCAAGCUUCGCGCCGCCACGCCCAGUCCCGGUUCGCCACACCCUCUAGCCACGCCUCCUCCCGACGCUGCGGAAAAGUCGGAGCGGAGCUCGGGCGGGGCGCCGCGGGCGGCUCACUGGGCAUGCUCGGCGGGGCGGGGGAGGGCCGGGCUGCGCGCGGCGAGUAGGAAGCCCUCGCCCAGCGGAGGCUGCGGGAGAGAGAGAGCGAGCGAUGGGCCGCGGAGCUGGGCGCACGUUCCGCGGGGACACAUGCCACGCGUGUCCCAGCCGGACGCUCAAUUAGCAUCCGCCUCUGCAGCCAGCCGCCACCGCCUCCCGGCCCUCUCGGGCUGCCGUGGAGUGGAGCUCCAGCGGUUCCCUUGCUCCGGCUGCGCGCAUUGUCCUCAGGGUCCUUUUGCCAGGGCUGCUGCGGGGCCCGGGACCCUCGCCCCAGGGACGCGCCCCCGCCACCGGUCGGCCCGGCGCGGGGCUCUGCUAGCCGAUCGGUGAGCCCGCGCUCCCGGGCCGCUCUCGCCGGGGCUUUUCCUGCGGAACGGAGGAAGAGGAGACGUCUACCCGCCCAGCCCAGCCUUCCCCAGCGCGCAGCCCCGACGGGGCCGCGGCAGGCGCGACGAGGGCGCCGACGGAGCCAUGAGAGAGUACAAAGUGGUGGUGCUGGGCUCGGGCGGUGUGGGCAAGUCCGCGCUCACCGUGCAGUUCGUGACAGGUUCCUUCAUCGAGAAGUACGACCCGACCAUCGAGGACUUCUACCGCAAGGAGAUUGAGGUGGAUUCGUCGCCGUCGGUGCUGGAGAUCCUGGACACGGCGGGCACCGAGCAGUUCGCAUCCAUGCGGGACCUGUACAUCAAGAAUGGCCAGGGUUUCAUCCUUGUCUACAGCUUGGUCAACCAGCAGAGCUUCCAGGACAUCAAACCCAUGCGGGACCAGAUCAUCCGCGUGAAGCGGUACGAGCGCGUACCUAUGAUCCUGGUGGGCAACAAGGUGGACCUGGAGGGCGAGCGCGAGGUCUCAUACGGCGAGGGCAAGGCCCUGGCCGAGGAGUGGAGCUGCCCCUUCAUGGAGACAUCCGCCAAAAACAAAGCCUCAGUGGAUGAGCUGUUCGCAGAGAUCGUUCGGCAGAUGAACUACGCGGCACAGCCCAACGGCGACGAGGGCUGCUGCUCGGCCUGCGUGAUCCUGUGAGGCGCCGGCUGCCGCCGGGCGCUGGCCACGCUCUGUGCACAAAGCCAAACACACCCGAUUCUCUUAAUGUGAUUGUCUUCUUGCUUUGAGAUUGGAGACGACUUUGUAUUGGCCGGGAUGUCCGAGGAACCUGGCUGACUUGCGUGGCCAGCAUCCCCAGCCUUCAGCUAGGGUCCGAGGGGGUGUUGGUUCCUGACCAUCCAAGACCCUGAUGGAAAUGUGGCUUUUUUGCAGCGUGUACGUUCCUCAUUGAUUUCGGUUCAUGCAUAAUUUUUCCCGUUUCAGUAGCCAUCAAGGCGCAGUAUUGGCUGCUUGACACCGGCAAGCAAAAGUUUCAAGCCUGAAAAAGAAAAUGGGGGUGGGGAGGUGGAGGAAGUGGAGGGGAAGAAGGAGGCGGUUGGGGGAGGGUUCCCCCAAACAACUGUUCAUAGUUCCAAGUUCUAAACACAAGGAAGGAGAUCUGAGAGAACCAUAUGAAGGAGCCAGAGGAGGGGAAGAAACUUGAUUUUUUUCCCCCUUGUUUUCCAGGAUUAUUUGGAAAUUAAGACCAGGGGUUCCUUUUCUGCCAGCUUGGAAGGGCAACCCAGGGACUGAUUACGAUUCUGAGGAUGUCUAUGCAAAGUUGGGUUCUUGUUACAGUGUAUCCAAUCUGAAGUAUUGCACAUGUGAACUGGGGCUGUUAACACUGAUGCCAAUACAGUGUGGGGUGCCAGGAAAUGUCUGCUGAUAUUUGUGGGAAAAAAAAAAUCUAUUUUGAUUACCUACUGUAUCAAAGAGGAGUGGGGGAGAAUGGUAGUAUUUUUUUUUAAUCAGCUGUGAAAAAAUUGUUAAAAGAUCUGCACAUUUUUGUGUGUGCUAUUAUGUGUGUGUGCGCGCUAUUGUGUGUGUGUAAGUAUAGCUUUUUGUGUGCGUGUGUGGUUGGCAGUGACAGAUUUUUGCUGACUAGCUUUUAAAAAUACAAUACAAAGACUUCGUAAAUGUGAUUCAGGGCCCCCAGCACCCCUGUGUCUGCAGAGUGCCUUCAAACUCAGCUGUUCCAGCCGGUGCCAACCUGUGAAUUCCCACCAUAUCCCAGAAUCUGCUGUUCUGCUGCCCCCAAAACCACUUUAAGUAUCUUCCUGAAAGAGCCAGGACAAAUGAGGCCUGUUAGUCCAUCAAUUGCUUUGUUAAUUUUUAGCUUUCUUAAUGUUAAGGCCAUGUCUCAAGUGUUUUUCUCCCUUUCUUCAUUUUGCUCAGACUUCAGGUUUUAGCUCCCUUUUCUGUUGCAUUUGCAGUGUCUCUGUCAUUUGUCUAAGGUUGUCCUCCAGAAGCUAAGAGCAGAAUUUUGUUGUGAUGUACCAAGAGAAUUCUAACAAAUUGUAACUUUUAAUUCCACUCAUUUGGUCGUUGUCUCUUCAUUUUAAGACUUUUAAUACAAAUGUCAUUUUUAAAGAAACCCCAAACUAUUUGUGUUUUUGUGUUUCAUAUUCAGUGAUGUACAGUAUCCAUGGUAACGGUGUCCGGUGGAGGUGGAUCGGGCCUCCCAGAGUUAUUUGUCGAAUUUUGAAGGUAGAAUUAUUUCAGUGACAAAUUGGAUGACAAUGUUUCCAAGUUUUUAUUUCAAAGUGGAGAAAAUUAUCAGGGCCUAGACAUACCAUCUGACUCCCCAGAGGAGGAAGUGUAUUGAGUCUGUUCUGCUGACAAUGAGCCAUGAACUUCACUGUUAUAGCAAAGGAGAGAAGCCGACUGCUAACACCCUCUUAGGUCUGGGAAAGUUACAUCCAUCCAGGCGAAUCGGGGGUAGCGUUUUAUUUGUCCCGGUUUUGUUUUGUCUGUUUAUGUCACGCCUCAAUCAGAAGUGUUCUUGACUUCGUUCUCACACACUGUCUCAGCAGUCUUUGGAGUGUGUUAGGCUGGCCGUUAGCUCAACCCUUCAAAGAUUUCCUUCGGAACCAAAUCAUUAGAUUCAAAACAAAACAAAAAGUAAUAAACCAUGUAAAGAGGAUUCUUUUGCUCUCUUUAGUUUGUGAAUCAUAUUUGACCACAAGCGUUGUUUCUUUUAACAAGUAGGAGGCAGUGUGCGAGGAGGCAACGUUGUUACUUUUUCUGUGUAUUUUCCUUGGUCUCUCUAGUACAAUAAUCUUAUCUGUAAGAGAUGAUAGCAUAGGUUCCUGAGGCAAAGCUGAAACCUGCAGAGUAUUAAUCGAGGAAUUUACUCUUUGACGGAGCCAAAAGAGAUCACAGGUUUCUUUAAAGUGAUAUCAGUAUCUCUUGCCUUAAUUUUUUUUUUUUUUUUUUGUGGGGGAGGGAGUGAUUUCAUCCAGGUUGCAUUUCACUGUUCCAGUGGGGAGGGAGAACAGUUUGGCCUGUCUUGGCCUUUUAUUUAUUUUCCAACUGUGACCUCAUGCCUCCAUGAGUAUCAAACACAUUCGUUUCUACGUCUGAACAUUGGGACUACUCAAAAUCAUGUUUUUGCAAGAAUGCAUUCUUCCAUUUGAAUAAUUGUGGUUGCUUGAAAAGUCAAUUGAAGUUGAUGCACACAGCCUGAAGAUGUGUCAAGCCCUGUUGGAAGGGUUUUUUUUUUUUUUCUUAAAUGUGUUUGGUGACCUUCUUUUGUCAUUAUUUGGAAGGCUUUGGGCAAAAGCUUUGCCGAGUAUAUGUCUCAUAGGAAAUGCGCGUACUCCGUACAGAAAAUAUUCGAAGGUGGAUGGUGAAAUAGAUUGCUGGUGCACCAAUCGCCUCCACAGAGGGUUUUGUGGAGGUCAAAAGACAGGACAGGUUUUUGUUGUUUUUUUUUUUUUUAAAUAAAACAAAACAAAAACAUGUUUCUACUGAGUACUGUAAAAUAAAUGCUUUUGGAUUGUAAAAUUAAAGCUGCUGCAGGAAAAUGAAGGUCUGAGUUGUUUGGCUUUCGCCUGUGAUAUUCAUGGCAAAACAGAAAUUUGAAGGGUUUUUUUCCUUUCUUGAAACGUUGAAGAACCUCAUCUAGGGUGGUGUGGAGACAAGAACAUUUGUUUCAGUGAGAAAGCAGAGCUGGUUUAACAGCUUAAGGAAGUGAGUCAGGGAGGGUGGGGUUUGUUGUAAUGUAAUCACCUGUCAAAACAAAUUGGGGGGGAGGUGCUUCCUGAGGGAGUGAGAAAUCCUCUAAACUUGACCCCUACUGGGUGUGUGGGUUUGGUUUUUUUGUUUUGUUUUAUUUGUUUAUUGAAACAGCUUUUCUUUGGGCCCCUGACAGGCAGCCCAGUUCUCUGUCACGUCAACACAUUACUUUUCGUUCAUUUGUUAACUCCUCAGGAAGCCUAAAGGUGUCUGCUCAAGUCUCACCCUUUGAUCAUCAGGUAACCAGUUUCCAUCCUAAUGGCUAAGGUAGUUCAUUGACUCACACUGAGAAACCAGGUCUAUUUGAAGAUAGUCUUUAGAGGCUUCCUACAAACGUGAAUACUGCAUAUUUCCACUGGGUGAGAAUCCCAAGUGUCUUCUUGAUUGUGUUUGGGUCGUUUUGUUAUCACUCUACCUUCUAGACGAUGGAAAGUUAUAUGGAGCAGGAGUUUGGAGAAGUAAAUGGGAAAUGCCUUAUCUAUCAUAAAAUAGCCUGCUCCAUAAAUGUGAAGAAAAUCAAGAUUGAAUUUGGAGAUGGCCACUGUGUGUUAAAAUACUAAUGUCUGCCAGUACCUGCUUAAUGGCAGAAAGCUUGCUAAUACAAAUUUUCUCUAGGAAAUGUUACAGGUCUAAAAAUCAAGACUAUGCUAUUCUUGAUUGUGGUCUUUUGUUCAGACUACAAGAAUGAUCUGAAUGCCUUUAGUUGAUUGAUAGGUGAUGGCACUUACCAUGGCACUGGUAAGCGAAGCACUUGAUCUCUCCACAGUAACAUUUUGGUGAUUUGAGACAAUAGGGGUCACCGGUUGGUUCCUGAGGCUCUCAAACUAAAUUGCAUAUAAAAGUCACCCGCAGGUUAAAACAAUGGCUGUGGGUGCUUCCUAUUUUCUUCAGUGGACCUGGAGUAGAUGCUCAUAUCUCAGGUGACAAUGAUGUUGCUGAUUUGAGACUCAAAGAUUAAUCCCCGGCAAUAGCACGUGUCACACUAGGCUCUAUCUAGGGGUUCAGACACUCUGACUUAAGAUCAGCCUUUACAUUUCACAAUGCAGUCCUUUCUGCUGUGGUGAUAAAAUUGUCUCCACAGAAGUUUACUGAAGAGGACAUACUCCAUUGAACAUAGCUUGUUAGGCUGCUGUGUGGGGGUAGAGCUUUCUUUAACUUCACGUAGUUAUCUGAACAGUGCUGGCUGUGAUCUUCAGAGCCAAAUCAGAAGCCAACUCUGAGAAAGUUAUUACAUCAGAUUCAACAUCCAAUUCCUACUCCAUGAAAUAAGCACAAGAUUAAUACCUUUGGCUAAGGGAGCACUUUAAAAUAUUUACCGCUUAUUCCUUUGAAAUUAAAAGGCAAGGACUUUUGUUUUUCAUGUUUCCAAGCAAGGACUCUGAAAAUAAGUUGAGAGAAUUUCGGUAGUCAGGUCACAGUGUACACAGGUGUGUGUUUCCUCCUCGUGUUAGUUGAUCUAAUUCGAAGUCAUAUAAUACACACUACAAAAACUGCUAAACACCUCCGUUUUGCUUUGUAGACCAGGCUGGCCUUGAACUAGUAGAUACCUGACUGCCUCUGAGUGCUUGGAUUGAGGCCUGUGCUACCACUGCCUGGCUUAUUGUGCAUCUCUUAAUGUCCAAGAAUGUUCCCCAAACUCUGUUUUUAAAAAUCUCUGUCUUGGGCUGGAGAGAUGGCUCAGCACUUAAGAGCACUGCCUGUUCUUCCAAAGGUCCUGAGUUCAAUUCCCAGCAACCACGUGGUGGCUCACAACCAUCUGUAAUGAGGUCUGGUCAGCAGGCAUACAAACAGACAGAAUACUGUAUACAUAAUAAAUAAAUAUUUAAAAAAAUAAUAAAAAAAUAAAAAUCUGUGUCUUCACUGACUUAAAAGAAGGGCAAAGUUGAAAUCCAAUGGCAACCAGAGAAGUUGCUUUCUGACAGAUGCCUUUUAGGAGGGGGAGAAGGUAAGGUGCAGAUUUUAGAAGAGUGAAGUUGGGUGAGGGCAGGAGACCUGAGUAAAUGUGUUUUAGUGUGUUCUAGACUGAGAUUGUUUGCUUGCUUUUGUACCUUGCCUCAAUAAUAAUAACAAUAAUAAAUGUUUUGAUGAAAAUAUGUUUGACACACCCUUUGUUGCUCUUAUGGCCACUUUCUUGCACAUCCCUUAUUCUGGAAACUUGAAAUCUGUCUGAAUAGAAGCUGAGAAAUGACUGAAAUGUAAUAGGCUUCUGUUCUGUCUACCGCUGGUAGAGCUUCUGGGAGACUCUAGAAUUCUACCUUACAGAAAAUGAAAGGUUAUUGUAAAGUUUAAUUCAUCUACCUGAUAAGAGAACAUUCUUGUGUUUUGUUCUGAGUUUAAACGCCACUUCAAAUAGUUGCAAACUUUUCUGUGUGAUAGAUAUCUGUAACAGUUGUAGAGGGCUUAAUAAAA